AUGAAGACGGUAGCUGUGUUCAUAGAACAGAUACUCUGUGGUCGCAAGUACCUCCACAAGAAGGGCCUCGUCCAUCGGGACAUGAAGCCGGAUAAUAUACUGCUCGACGCAGACGACGUGGUUAAAUUAACGGACGUGGGACUGGCCAAACGUGUUCACGACAUAUCAGGCACAAUCGCCGGAAGUCCAGUGUAUAUGGCACCGGAAGUGCUUCUACAGAAGGGUCGCUAUGACGUCAAGGCGGACAUGUACAGUUUCGGCAUCAUCACGUGGGAGAUGUGGUACGGCCAGGACGCGGCCAACCACAUCAAGGGCCAGCUGUUCACCACGUUCGAGCGAGCGAUUGAGAAGGGCCUCCGACCCUCCAUGUCCAUCAACUGUAAACCCCCAGAGCAAUGGCACAUACUGAUUGUAAAGUGUUGGAACAUCGAUCCAGAGGUUCGACUCUCCAGCAGCCAAGCGCGGCAGUUCUUCCAGAAGUUUUUAGAGCAUUACAAAUAGUGUACCUUGUGAGAACUGUCAACGUCAAACAACUGUGGUCAAUUUCCAGUUACAGUUCUGUAAAUCAAGACAUAGGUUUUGAAAACUGACCAAAUAAUUGUUAGUUACAAAUACAUCUCCAGGUGAGAUUAUAUUGUUUAAUCAUAGAUUGACGAAGUGUUCAUUAUAAUAAACAGAUGUAGCAGACAAAUUACAAUCGUCCCCAAGGCUUUUUUUAUGCAGUAUAGCCAUAACUUAUCUAAUCAUUCUCUUUCUUUUUUCGAUUUAUUGGGCGGUGGUGUAGCCUAGUGGUUAAAGCAUUCACUCGUCACGCUGAAGACCCAGGUUCGAUUCCCCACAUGGGUAGAAUGCGUGGAGCCCAUUUCUGGUGCACCCAUACGUGAUUUUGCAGGGAAAAUUCUUUAAGUGGUACAUAACUUACCUCACUCUUGUUAUUUAAACACCACAUGGACCGAUUUUCCAGCAUGCCUUCGAAAACUUGUUGACAUUGACGAUAGGGUGACAAUCAAUCCCAAUAUUCCUAACAAAGGUUAUUUAACCAAACCAGUAACUAGUUAUAUAAAGUUAUUUUGCGAAUGUGGGUGCAUGGUCUAAGAUCUGGGGUUGAAUAAACUUGUUUGUGAAUAUGCAAGUUAUUUAAGGUCACACUUAAGAAUAUUUAGCUCAUAUGAACCCAUAAAUGCCAAGCAGGGACCAACAAGUACCAUAUUAUAACCUCUUUUGGUACAAUGCGGCUGGGAAUCGGAACCUUCCACGGACCACUUCACAACAAAUUGAGUUAAGCGAUUAUAUGUGCAUGUUCUAAUACCUGGAGCUGAAUAAAGUUGUUUGCAAAUA